AUGGUCCGGGAGGGGUCGCGGGACGCCCCGCCGCCAGGGGGCGCCAGCGGGCGGGCGUGGCAGGAGGCGGCCGGCGGGCGCAGGCGGCGUGCCCGAGGCGGCGCGGGCGUGGGCACCGACGUCCCCCCCGACGCAGAAUGUGGCCCGGGCCGCGGGAUCCCCCGGGCGCCUCGGCGGGAAGUGAGCGAGCCGUCCGCGCUGGACGGGGGCGCGUCGGCCCCGCGGGGUGGGUGCGGUCAGCCAUCCCCUUCCUGCAGCCCACCGCCCCGGGCCCUCAGCCCUCGUGGUUCCUGGAGAAGGCAGCAGCUGCAGCCGCCACCGCCGACCCCGGAGCAGACCCCGGAAAGCCCAGCUCCCCUCUCUGCCCAGGAGGAGGUCCCCUCUGCCAUGACCCAGCUGCCACCCUGGGAUCCCAGCUACCAGGCCCCACCUCGGCGGACGCCGGAGAGCGGCCGCGGGUCAGGCGCGUCUUUCUCUGGCCGGACACUGUGUCAUCCCUCGUGGCCUAUGUAUGAUGCCUGGGGCAGGAGGGAGCAGGCGUCCCAGGACGCAGGUGCCUCCUCUGGCCCUCCUGGGCUCACCGGGGAUGCCGCCGCCGCCCCCGGGAGCAGCGCAGUGAGGCUGGCGUGGGACCCUGAAGCUCUGACCCUAGGCUUCCCCGUGGUGGGCGCCGAAGAUGUCUUUCUCUUAGACCCCCUGUUGCCCUGUGGACAGCGUAUCCCCAUGUAUCUUUCUAAGCCCCCUCAGCAGGCCAUGGGGUCGCUGAAGCUGCAGAUCCCGCCCCCCAUCAUGUCCACCUGUGUGCGCCCCUCCCCAUCACCUGGCUGCUCCUCCACCUGGCUUAGUGAGUCGGAGAUAAUUGCCCUCCGUGGCUUGCUGCAGAUGAGCCAAGGGGAACCAAGACCCAGCUCCCCAACAUCUACCAGCUGCAGAGACCCCGAUUCUGACCACCUGGCUCCCAGCGAUGGGCAGAGCUGUUCCGAAAGCGCUGACCCAUCUCCCACACAUAUCCCCGACGCCCACCAUCCAUAGCCCUUUCUCCCCCAGGCUGUCCUGUUGACAAUAAAUCGGUUGGUUUGGGAAA